UAAAAAACCUCGCCGAGGCGCGCAGCCCCACACUGGAGAGCGGAGCCACUUCGCGAAGGAAGCGACGCCCAAGCCACACUCCGGAGGAGCAGCACUGCCAGAGAACCUCAGCCACACACACGAUGCAAGGGAUGAUGCGGUUGUGGCUGUCUGCGAUGACGCUUGCCCUGUGCCUGCUGAUCUGCCUGGGGACUCUGGCAGAAGCAUAUCCAUCCAAACCGGACAGCCCUGGCGAGGAUGCUCCUGCAGAAGACAUGGCCAGAUACUACUCGGCACUGAGGCAUUACAUCAACCUCAUCACACGACAGAGGUAUGGAAAGCGAUCCAGCCCAGAGACACUGCUCUCCGACCUCUUGUUGAGAGAAAGCACAGAAAAUAUUCCUAGAUCUAGGUACGAGGAUCCUUCCAUGUGGUGAUGGGAAUGAAUCACCUUCAGUAUUUUUCCUAGUUUUCACUUCAUGUCCCAUUGCUAAGAAGACCAGCUGGAGUAUCACACCCGCCAAAUGCAUGCAGCCAUCGUACUGAAUUCUGUAGUGUUCUCCCUUCCUUCUCCUUGUACAUACAUUUGUUUAAAUAAAUUAAUUGUGCACUCCAAAUGGUAACAUUUUAAAUGUGUGUGUCAAGAAAAGGCCCAUUAUAAUGGGCAAGGGUUUCUUUUUUUAAAAGCUAUUAAAACUGAGUUACAACCUCUUUACUGUCUCAAGUAGCAUGAACAACAAUCAGAGUACCAACUUCAGUACAGUAGUUGUAAAAAGUGACAUUUGUUU